AAAUGUAACUGGAGGAGUCGUGCAGAGGUAAAUUACUUUUAACGGCGCAUUUCCUCUUCUUCACCAGCAGCUAAGGUUUAUUCUAUAUAAUUUGAUCACAUAGUUUCAACGUAACAAAUAAGUGAUUAACUACUUACAUAUCGAGAUCCAGAAGCAAAGGGACUUUCUCCGAAAAGCUUUGAAUCAAAACCUCUUUUGCCACAUUCUUCAGCUUUUCUCACUACGCAAAUUCAGUUAUCUGCGCAAAUUGGCGUAUCCAGCGGUGCUUCUCAUCCGGAAAUUGGAUCUGUCGGCGGAGCAUCGGUCAGAUCUAAUCAUUUGAUAUUCGGUCCAAUCAGAACCAACGUGUUGUUGCAACCACCGGUAUGUGUUUAAUUGUGGUUGGUUUCAUGAGCUGAAGCUCAAUUUUAACUAAUCAAGCGUGCAAGCUGCAUCAAUGAUGUUAGCUUUUAUUAUGGUUUGAUCCAGCAAAAGAAAAGGUGGAUUCUAAUUGAAUGUUGCUGUUGUUUAUUACUCCAGAAAAUACGUGUUCAUGUACAUAUAUGCAAUGUAACUAAUUUCCUCGUAUCAGAAUUUUGGGAGAUUUGUUAUCUGUGAUAAGAUCUGGUCGUGCGGAAAUUUUGGCGCAGCUUAAUCAAGUUUGCGAUUACAUUAAUGUGUUCGAUGAUCUGGAUUUCGUCUUGUACUAAUAUCGUGAUAUAUCCUUUGGGUUGAUUUUUCAUAGCCGGUCUUGGGUGGUUGGCUGAUGAAGAACGGGAUGAUAGAGUGCAGUGUCUGUCAUUCCAAAAUAGUCAAUCCAUCCACUAAGGCUGUUUCACGAGCUUAUGACAGACAUAGGAACAAGAUAUCGUCAAAGCAGCGGGCGCUUAACUUUCUAUUAGUUGGUGGUGAUUGUGUCCUUGUUGGUUUCCAGCCUAUUUUGGUUUACAUGUCAAAGGUGGAUGGGCGCUUCAAGUUUAGUCCUAUUAGUGUCAACUUUUUGACAGAGGUUGCAAAAGUUUUUUUUGCAAUCACAAUGCUUUUGUUACAGGCUAGGCAACAGAAAGUUGGUGAAAAGCCUCUUCUCUCACUUUCAACAUUUAUGCAGGAUGCUCGCAACAAUAAACUUCUUGCAGUUCCAGCCCUACUUUAUGCUAUAAAUAACUACCUGAAGUUUACUAUGCAGCUAUAUUUCAACCCCGCAACAGUAAAAAUGUUGAGCAAUUUAAAGGUUUUGGUAAUUGCGGUACUUCUCAAGUUCAUCAUGAAACGUCGAUUUUCAGUAAUUCAGUGGGAGGCUCUUGCUUUGCUGCUGAUUGGUAUCAGUAUAAAUCAACUUAAAUCCAUGCCAGUAGGAACCACUGCUUUGGAUCUCCCCAUUUCAACUGUUGCAUAUAUAUGCACACUGAUUUUUGUGACAGUUCCUUCUAUGGCCUCUGUGUUCAAUGAAUAUGCCUUGAAAAGCCAAUACGACACAAGCAUUUAUCUUCAGAACUUAUUUUUAUAUGGAUACGGAGCUAUAUUCAACUUUCUUGGAAUUCUUGGAACUGUCAUUUUUAAAGGUCCCAACAAUUUCAGUAUAUUGGAAGGACAUUCAAAAGCUACCAUGUUUUUAAUAUGUAACAAUGCUGCACAAGGAAUAUUAUCCUCCUUUUUCUUCAAAUAUGCCGACACGAUAUUGAAGAAGUAUUCAUCGACUGUUGCAACAAUGUUUACAGGCAUAGCAUCUGCUGCUUUGUUUGGCCAUACUUUGACCAUAAACUUUUUGUUAGGAAUUUCAGUGGUUUUCAUUUCAAUGCACCAGUUCUUUUCACCUCUUGCAAAAGCCAAGGAUGAAGAACAAAAUGCGGUGGUAGAAAGAGCAGAUGUACAGGAUAAACAUAGGUCAAGGGAUUCAUCCUUCAUAAAUAUGACUGCUGGAGCCAACGAAGAGGCUAGUCGCCGUGUCGGACCUGAUGAAAGACAACCUCUUCUUCCCACUUGAAAUUAAUCUGUUGGUUGUUUCCUUGGCACCUCUAGCACGACCACGGGAAAGCAUGGGAGAGAAGAUAACACCAUGUUGAUCGCCACAAGCACUGCCACUUCCACAAAAUAUGGUUAGCUGUUAUUCUUCUUUUCGACACACUGCAUCUUCCUAGGAAUAGUUUUGAAAUACAGUAUUGACUAUUGACAACUUAAACUUGUAGAGUAUUGAAAGAUUAUUGCCGCAUGGUUGUCUGCAGGCCUUUACUCGAAUUCCAAAUAUAUUCAUUCAUACACGAUAACAUGUAAAAUGAGUUCUUGUUCAGUUUAUGUAUUGAUUCAUUUUUGUA